GCGCAGCGUUGCGCAGUUCGUCAGAGUAUUCGGGGGACUGUGACGAAUCAAUUUCUUCAUUGGUGCUGCAUACAUCAUCAUUCUAUCCUCAAAUCCAUGAUAGCCUAUGAUAGCGCGUAUGAAUUUGAAGAAUCUACGUAUGCCGGUCAUUUCCGAUUAGGAAUUCUUGCUGUCUUACCACACGGUUACGCCUGGGUUAUAAGAAUGGGACCUGACUGAACCAGUUUCAGCCCCACGCUAUCAAAUCCAUCCCCCCUCUCCAUAUAAUGCGAGAUCUACCCGUAGAACUUAUUGGCGUCAUCGUUCAGGACGUUUCCGCGACAGUUGAUCUUCUUCAUUUACGCAGCUUGAACCGGUCAUAUAGAGAGCUGGUCACUCCCCGCACAUUCAGCAAGCUUCACAUCAAAAAUAGUAUACAGAGUGCGCAAAAUUUCCGCCAGAUCAUCGGUACCGCAAGCCUUGCUAUUCAUGUUCGAGAAGUUGUCUACGAUUCUCGCGACAAUGAGCGCUUCCGGCUUCCACCCGACAACGGAGAUUCUGCGGAUGCUGUCAGUGAGCUUGAAGAAGUACUGACCAAUGCAUUUUGCGGAAUAACCGCACUUCCAAGGAUUGAAAGCGUCGUGCUCAACUUUUGGCCGUCAUUUCUCUGCCAGGAGUCGGGAAGAGAAGUCUGCGAGAACCCAUUCUGGUUCAUAAAUCGGCAACUCACCCUCCUUCACGCCAUUCAUCACGGCAUGAAGUCAUCUCGUAUGACCACCUUGUCUCUCAACAACGUGAUUUUGCCUACCACUAGCUACGACUUUGUGUCGUCCCUUACAGACUCGCCCCUGUCGCAUAUUUCUGUGUCUGUUGUGUCCAAUGCCGAAGUCAGUACUUGGUCAGCUUCAAAUAACGUCAACGGUUCACUUGGAGCACUCUUGCCCCCCUCCAAUCCCACUCUGAAAUCAAUUGUGCUACGUAGCCCCCAGGGCGCCUACCACAGCCUCGCUACUCGGCUUUCUUCAUUCUAUUAUCCAUCCCUCGAAUCCCUCGUGCUCGAAAAUAUCAUUUUCGAUCAUACGCCCUCUUUUGAUGGCGUUGAGGAGUUUGUCCUGCGUCACAAGCAUACCCUGCAGCGACUUGAGCUGCAAUCAUGCGCAUGCUACGUACCGGACUCAGCAACUAAUGUCAGGCAGUGGUCGACCAUCUGGAAACGAUGGGCUGCCGAGCUUACCAGCUUGACAGAGCUCGUCGUUAACAAUGGCGAUUGUAGAUACGUCCUCCUCGACGUUGAUCAGGGUUAUAUUCCUCAUGGAGAGGUCAGCACCUUGGUGUAUGAGGAUGAUUCGUCAAGCUUGCAGGUAUUUAAAGACAGCAUAGCGGCCGGUCAAGUUGCAGUGGUGUAAAUAUAUGUACUAUCGUGUAUAACCAAUUUCUUAGAAGUGUGAAACGCUGUAGGAUGCUCUGUAUCGAUUAAUCCAUGUCUCCGUAGUUCAGAAGACGAACUUGAAAGGGCAGGGUGGAAAUAAAUCCUAUCCGUAAGACUCGCCAGUGCCACAAGGAUGGACCAAAACGAGCCGAUCAUCUUCU